GGGACCGUACGUGGUGGAAGUUGCCCAACCUGCCUGACCCGAGCACUGAGGAUGCAUGCAUAGCCGUAUCAGACUGGCUGACGCAGAUUAAACCCAUCAUGAGUGAUUUGUCGGAGCGUAGUUGGAUUUGGUGGGCACGGGUUAUGGAAGUGGCGCAGGCUGCUUAUGCUAAGUGGCAGCAAGCAGGACCGCUUGAAAAGUCACUUGUGAUUUGCGAGUCGCCUGCCGAUUUGCUUGAUGCUAAGCUGUCCAGACUCGAGGCGAGAGCGCUUGGCAUGAUCAUGGAAAGCUUACCAGCGCGGAUCAAAGAUGAACUGGUUGUUACCAAUGUUCAGAUCAACUGCGUCGUUGGCAUAGGUGGCUGGGACGGUCACAAGAUCUCGGCGUGUCUCCUCCUGCCGCUGCAAAAGGGGGAGGUGCGGCAAGUGCCACGUCACCCGGGCAGCUUCCAGCUGAAAUCCCUGCUGGUCCUACUUCAGAAUCUCCGUCCGUUGGGGGAUCCGGGAAAGGGGGUCAGGGACAGGGCAAAACGGGUGGGGGGCAAGGAGGCGGGAAGGGUCCGUGUCGGUUUUACUCAACAAAAGGGGGAUGCAAGAUGGGUCGAACCUGUUGGUCCGCUCAUGAUUUCGGAAAGGCUUCAGCCGAAGGUCGUUGCUUCACGUGUGGCUCUACUGAACAUCGCCAAGACGCAUGCUCUAGGCCUCAAGGUAAGCGAGGUGGAAAGGGCGAGGAUGCUCCUCGGGGGGAGUCUUCGGGGUCGGGGCAGGGCGCAGGUUCUGGAGGAAAGAGCGCUCAAGGGGGCGGCGGAAAAGCAGAAGCCAAGGGUGCGCAUGUUCGGCAAGCAAAUGUGGAAGGUUGAUGCAGAUCUGUGUUCUGGAGACGACUCCGGUGAAAAUGACAGGGAUUCCGAGCAGCCGUACUUGACAAAAGUGGUGCAGAAUCCUCCCAAGAAUGCCCGAGGGCUACUGGACGGAGGCAACAAUGCCCCACAGGAAGAGUCGAUAGGGGAUCAACGUGAUGCUUGGGUGGUUCCGAUGCUCGAGUGGCUAAGAAAACUGAGUCCUGAUUGCCCUGAAGGGAUGGGCCUGGCCGCUUUGGAAGAACGAGUGAAGGCGCUCGACUCUCAAAGGCCGCUUUCCAAGGAGCGUGAGGCUGCAGAGGGGUAUGAAAUACCCACUGAGUGGUUCGCGGAGGACGAGGUCGAGCCGAGGCUUCAUUCCGACUCCGGUAGGGAGUUUGCAAAUGCGGCCCUGGAACGCUGGGCUUUGGCCAGGGACAUUGCUCUAACCGCUAGUGCUGUUCAGGGCUUUGCGGUAGCUCCCUCAGUUCGGGUGCCCAAUGCCACGGUCGUUCGCAUUGUUGAUGAGGAUGAUCAAGUCCGUUUGUAUGUGGCCCCUGUCGUGUACUCUCAUGUGAGGGAGCCUGUUCGAUUUGCCGGUGUAGUUCCUGCUGAUGCUGUCGUUGAAGACUAUCCUCCACCGACCCGCAGGGUUGUCGGCAAGACGCCUGGAGUGGCGAUGGAUGCGCGUGGCGUGGAGCCACGGGGGGAGUCUUCCGAGGGGUCUGCUCGCGUUGAGGUCCCUGGGAGGUCUUCCGAGGGGUCUGCUCGCGUUGAGUCUGCUCGCGUUGAGGUUCAUGGGAGGUCCGAGGGGUCUGCUCGCGUUGAGGUCCCUGGGAGGUCCGAGGGGUCUGCUCGCGUUGAGGUCCCUGGGAGGUCCCUGGGAGGUUCGAAGGGUCUGCUCGCGAUGAGGUCCCUGGGAGGUCCGGGAAGUCCGCUCGCGCUGAAAGUGAUGGGGAUGUUGAGGUAUGGCAUGUAUCUUCUAGCACGCGAUUGUGUACCGCAGCGCUACGAGAUUGAGGAUAUCCUUCGACGUGCUAUGCAUGACUUCCAGGCGAAGGGCAGGGCUAUUGAUAUCGACAGAAACAUGAAAGGGAGUAAGAACUUCCUCGUGCCCAUCAGUCGGUUCGAAGGGGGUAGCAUUGUCAAGGAGGAGGUGCGUGUGAAAGCUGCCGCGAGUCAGUUCGGCCGUGAUCCACAGCGAUUUGAUAUUAGCAGCGAUUCGGAGGAUGACUCCUUUGCGGGGGAGUGGCAAGGCUGUGGGGAGCCGAAUCAUGAAGAGUUUGUUGAUCGUUUAACGCAGUUGACGCGUGAGGAGAAGAAGGCCAUGUGUGAGGAAAUUGAAGGUGGUCUGUCGUGUGUGACGCCGGGCUUGUUGUCGGAACUGCAUGAAGACUUGCGGGUUGCUAUGUUGUUCCAAGAUCAUGAUUGUUGUGAGCGUGCGGUUGAGCUUGAGCGUGGUUCCUUUGCGUUGCAUCGCUUGAAGUCGGUUGAGCGUGAGCUUGAAGAAGCGUGGCAGGAGCUGGAGAACACAGGCUUGCCAUGCGUCAGGGCAGUGCGGACAAGUGGUGCGGACCUUGUUGAGGCGUCAGCUGGAGAGCGGGGCAAUGACCUACUUGCGGGGGAGCAGCCCCAGGAGUUGCAUCCUGAUUUUGGUCAGGAUACUCAGGAGAUGAAAGCAAAGGGAGCCCAUUCUCCACCAGGCGUGUUGCUUCAAACAAGGAUUGUUCCGCAGGCUGAAGUGUGGCAGGAUUUGGAGCGGUGGCGUCAACCUCUUACUGAUGAAGUUGUGGCGCUGAAGGAUGUUCACAGGGCUGUGUACGCGAUCGGCCCUGAAGAGUUGAAACGUCUUGAGGAACUUGCUGAGGUGUCGCUGAUACCGGCAAAAGGUGUUUACACUCAGAAGCCGAUUACAAACCGGCUUCGUGCUAGAAUUGUCGGAUGCGGCAACUUCUUGCAGUCGGAUUCACCGUCGGAGGAUGUUGCAAAGGGAACCGUGCGCUCUCAGGAUCUAUACGCAGGAGGCGUGGACGGGACGAGCGUGAGAAUUCAGGCCUGUGUUGCUGCCAUCAAUAAAUGGCACAACGCCGGCUUGGAUAUUAAGACAGCCUUCUUGGACGCUCCUUUGUAUCAGGAUGGUCAAGGGCAUGCAGUCUUGACUCCUGGUGAUGUUGGCUCGGGCGCGUUGGACUUCGAGCGGUUGGUUGGAAAACGGAAACAUGUUCAGGGUCAGCGUGUGAAGAUCGUAGUAGUAACCCCGCCCAAGAUCCUUGUGAAGUUGAACCUAGUAGAAGAAUCGGAACGUUGGCUUGUAAUAAAAGCCUUGUACGGCCUACAGCAGGCACCGCGUUGUUGGUCUUCACAUCGCGAUCUGGCGUUGCGCAGCCUACAGUGGAGUGAUGGAGGUCGAGAUUUCCGUUUGUCACAAACCGUUGCAGAGCCAAAUCUAUGGCGGGUGAUUUCCUCCAGCAGUGAAGCGGAUCAAGAAGGAGAAAGGCUGCAUGGACUUCUAGGGGUCUACGUCGACGAUUUGUUGCUGACCAUGGAGGAGUCGGUGCAGCAGAGAUUGAUAUCUGAGAUCCAGCGGCUGUGGGCUACAUCCGAUCCGGAAUCAGCAGAGGUCGGCAAGCCUAUUCGUUUCUGCGGGUUCAAUUUGCAUAAGUUGCCUUCCGGAGGGUACUUGCUGAACCAACAGGAUUACAUCCGUGACUUGCUAAACCGUUUCCCGGACGUUCAAGGAACUGCGGAGGUGCCAUGUCUUAGGGAUGAAACUCCAGAACCUGAAGCACCCAACCCAAAGCAAUUGAAGGAGGCUCAAAUGCUAGCAGGGGCGUUGCAGUGGGUUACCACUCGCACUCGCCCUGACAUAGCGUUUAGUGUGAAUAAAACUGCGCAGCUUAUGGCACGUUUUCCUGAGUACGCUACCCGGUAUGCCCAGAACAUCAUCAAGUACUUGCGUCGUACCGCAGAUCUGGUGCUUAAGUAUGAGCCACUUACUGGGGCGUCGGAUUAUGGGAUGUCGGGUGAGCUGGCGGCUCCUCGAAGCCCAGGUCUGAUUGAAGUCUACAGCGAUGCCAGCUUCGCCCCCAACAACUCCAAAUCUCAAACCGGGAUUGUUGCGUCACUGAGCGGAUGCAUCAUAGGUUGGGCCUCGCACAGACAGUCUGUUACCUCGCAGUCCUCAGCCGAAGCAGAAAUGUACUCAACCAGUGAUGGGAUCCUGUACAUUCAAACUUUAGAAGCGUUAGUGCGGGAGAUCUGCCCCGGACCAGUCCGAAAGUUGCUUUAUAGCGAUUCGAUGGGAUCUGUUAGUCUGUAUUCGGCACCAAGCGGCACGUGGCGCACUCGUCAUCUGCGCUUAAAAGCUCGGGGAGGACGCGAAUUGUUAGAAGAAGGAUUUUUUGAGUUACGGCAUCUGGCCGGACGAUGGAUGCUUGCUGACAUAGCAACAAAGGCCUUGCAUCCUCCUAGGCACAAUGAGCUUGUGCAGCUGCUUGUCAUGGAUGUGCCGUCAGGAUCUGCCGGGGGGGAGGUCAAACUAGAACGUUGUCACGUCGUGAGUGGCAACAGCCGUGAUGGCUCUCUCGGUAGUAGCGGAAUUCGGGUAGACCUGUUGGCCAUGGUGAGCUUGCGAUUGUUGGUGAUUGGAGUUGCGUUGGCGAAUGCGGCCUCAAAAUGGGAGAUGAACACAGAUGAAGAGGCAAACCAUGAUGAGUCAGUGAGACUUGCGGCGUUGGCUGGGAUGCUGGUGAUUGUGGCCGUUUUGCUAUUGCAGCGUUGGUGUCAGUUUGCAGAAAGGUCCGAGGAACCGAAUCAGCAGGUGAGGGCCAUGAGAACUGAUGAUUCUGAUGAUUGGCCAGCGGUUGAAGAAGCUGCUGAAGAUGAGCGGCCUCGGGAUGUUAGACGAAGUGUUUCGGGGUCUGUACCACGGAGUGUGGAUGGUUUAGAGCCGGGUGUGCGAGAUCGAUCUUCAGCUGGGCUACCGCAAGCUUCAGAGUUCACUGGCGUGCGAGAAGCGCAAGCUCCAGAGUUCACUGGCGUGAGAGAAGCGCAAGCUCUAGGUUACACUGGCGUGGGAGAAUCAGAAGCUCCGAGAAUCUCAAGGAUAGACUUGGAACAACAGGCUGUGGAGGACGUGCGAGUACACUAG